CACGCUUUACUACAACACCGUUGAAAAUGGCGGAUAAUGAAGGAUUUCAAGAGGAAACUCAGCAAAACCGUGAAGAAAGGAGACAAAUUAGAUUAAGAUACAGGAAUUUAAUUGACGAACUUCAAGAGAAUCGUGAAGAAUUGAUCAACCCAGAAUCAAAUGAGCUCAGUGAAAGACUCAGAGAAGCUGAUGAAUUGUUUAAACCAGUUAAAUGUGCUCGGGAGGUUGCGCUUGACUCUCAAGCCAUGUCGAUGAUUGCCAACAUUGGGCGCAUGAAAGCUCAGGCAUUACAUACAGAGUUUGUGAGAUUUCAGCCUACAGAAUUUGCUAGUAAAUUAAUUAAUUUUGUUGGUGGACAGACUGCAUCCCAGUCAGAAAGUGCAAGAAUAUCUGCAUUAGGUUGGGCAAGGUUAGGUAAAGCCACUCAGCCAUUCUUUAAACGAGCACCUACCUUCCAGUAUAUGCUUGGGUCAUUUGAGAGAGGACCUAAACCUGUGAAGGAAAGACAACAGAGGGCUCCAAAAGAAAAAGACAACAUUGUUGGGAAAGAAACUGUGCCUCAACAGCUGAAGGAUUUUAAGACAACAGAUCAGAGCGAGGCAACAACAGAAGAAGUAGAGAGGGUUUUACAAAUACUGAGAGAUCUUUACCAAGAGAUAGGUGAUGGGAAAGACCCUCUGAGUUAUUUUGAUUUUGUGUUAAAUCCAGACUCAUUUGGUCGCACUGUUGAGAAUAUCUUCCAUGUUUCUUUUCUUAUCAGAGAUGGUUUAGCCAAGAUGGUCAUAGAUAAUGAAGGAUUGCCCACCAUAUACCCAGUUGACCAAGCUGAGGCACAGAAAAAUAAGGAGAGAGGUAGUCAGAGACGUCAUCAGACUGUCAUGUCAAUCACACCAGGAGACUGGAAGGAACUUGUGAAAAUUUUCAAAAUUGAGGAAGCUGCAAUUCCACCUAGAGAAAGCCAAGAAAAUGGAGCACAGAAUGGUCAUGGUUGAUUGACAACGUUAAUAAGAAGAAUCAUGUUCCAAGAAUCUGAGUCGAAUAAAGAUCUUCAGGCUUAUUAAUUGAAUAAGUUUGAAUAUAAAGUUUAAAUUUGGAACAAGCAGCUUUUUGUGAGAUGGAUUUGAUUAGUGGGGAAAAAAAUAAGUCAGUUGGAGUAUAUAUGACCGAAAAAGUAGUGAAAGAUGGCGGUUUUGAGGGUCAUUAAGGGGAAAGAAUUUUGGAGGAAAAUAAUGCUAUGGUCCAAUCAUGCAUAGUAAUGCAUGUUGCUGUCUUGUACAUAUAUAAUAAUAUAACCCAUCCUAUAACACUUUUGUGCCUUACAUUCGUUAUAUUCAUAAAAUUAUUAAAAAUCUGUCAAAAAUACUUAUAGAAUAAAGUUACCGUAAAAUUCCUAAUAAACGCCCCUCCCCUAAUAAAGGCCCCCCCCCAUGCCUUUUGAUAAGGAAAACAAUCUACCCAUCAGUGCUGAACUCAUAAUUAAAGCCAUAAUUUUAUUCAAAUCAUUCAGAAUCCAUAGUAUUUAAUAGUAAACACAAAUAUGUAUAAUAUGAACUUUAAAACCUUAACACUUUUUAGUGUUAUUACCAACACUUGCUAACACUAAAUGUAUUUACAGCGAUUUUUUUUUAGGAAAAAAUGUGCUGUAAUAAAAGCCCCCCUUUUGGAAAAUGUUAAGCCCCUGGGGGCGUUUAUUAGGAAUUUUACGGUAUUUUGUUAAUAGUAUUUUUGUGUCGCCUCUACGGAGUAGUGGCGACAUAUAGGGAUCACUUCUCCGUCGUCUGUCUGUCCGUCUGUCUGUCCGUCCGUCCGUCACAAAACUUGUCCGGACUACUUCUCAUAAACUACUGAUGCAAUUUCAUCCAAACUUUACAGGAAUGAUCAGUACCAAGUCUAGUUGUGCAUAUUGUCAGCAUUUUCCGGUUCAAUGAUUUUUGUCAGAGUAAUGGCCCUUUAAUAAUUUUUAAUUUUAAAGUUUGUCCGGACUACUUCUCUUAUACCACUAAUGCAAUUUCAAUGAAACUUUACAGGAUUGAUCUGUAGCUCAAGUCCUUGCGCAUAUUGCAAGGGUUUUCCGGUUGAAUGAUUUUUGGCCGAGUUAUGGCCCUUUGAUAAAAAGGUUUCUUUUUCUGUGUGUUGCCAGAUACACAAAAGCUUGUCCGGACUACUCCUCAUAAACUACAGGUGCAAUUUCAUCCAAAAUUUACAGGAAUGAUCAAUACAAAGUCUAGUUGUGCAUAUUGUCAGCAUUUUCCGGUUCAAUGAUUUUUGUUUGAGUUAUGGCCCUUUAAUAAUUUUUAUUUUUAAAGUUUGUCCGGACUACUUCUCUUAUACCACUAAUGCAAUUUCAAUGAAACUUUACAGGAUUGAUCUGUAGCUCAAGUCCUUGCGCAUAUUGCACGGGUUUUCCGGUUGAAUGAUUCUUGGCUGAGUUAUGGCCCUUUGAUAAAAAGGUUUUUUUUUCUGUGUGUUGCCAGAUACGCAAAAGCUUGUCCGGACUACUCCUCAUAAACUACUGGUGCAAUUUUAUCCAAACUUUACAGGAAUGAUCAGUACCAAGUCUAGUUGUGCACUCUGUCUGUCCGUCUAUCACAAAAUUUGUCCCAACAUGAAAUUGGCCAUCAUGAGGCGACACGUGAUAACUGAUCGCUCUUGUACUUAAAUUUACUGUUGUAUGCUUUGCUUGUUAUAUGUUUUACUGCAAAUGACAUUUAUAAAGCAACCCAUGUCACCAGUAUUGAUUUAGGUAGACCUAUUUAUCUGCAGACUGACUUGAUUUCUUUACUUUUGACUGCCUGUUAUUGGUAUAAAUUACUUUGUACAUGUAUGUAUAUUAUUAUUGUGCAUGUUAAUUGGUUUUAUUUUAGCUGUAGAAAAAAAUAUUUUUAUAACUUGUUCAAGUUUCCAGUAUUAUUUUUUUUUCUAAACAACAUGUGUACAUAAUGUUUAUUAUAAUAUUGCUUGUUAAUCGUAAUAAAGACAGACAGAAA